CACGAUUCGAAAGCAUCUUGGCCGUUUUCAAGAGCAUGAAGUCCGAUCCACCGUAGCCAAGACAAGUUCCAAAGCACCGAAGCAGUCCGUCCGACCUCUCGCUUGUCCGCCGCACGUCACCCAGCCAGGCUGAUCCCUGCACGCGCCGACCGAGGCAAGGCUGCGGCGCCAACCCUCAAGUUCACGAUGCUUGAUAAUCGAGAGCCGCCACACUACAGUCACUACCAUGAACAAUAUGUCGUCGAUACCGACAGGAACAGAGGAGAAGAAGGAUGAAGGAAAGGUGCUGCCAGGCGGCAAGAAGAUCGUCAACGGCAUAGUAUACGAUGCAGAUGGCAAGCCAUGCCGCACUUGCAACGACAUGUCCGCGCUAUUCGCCAUGGGCAAGAAGAGCAAGAAACCCCUCCCGCCCGCACUCCCUAAAGAUUGUCCACCCGACGUCGCACAGCUCGGCCGCUCCAGCUGGACGCUUUUACACUCCAUAACCGCCACAUACCCGGAGACUCCCUCACAGUCAUUACAAACCGAGACAUCCGCGUUUCUGCGAACCUUUGGCAAGCUGUAUCCGUGCUGGGUGUGCGCGGAGGACUUCCAGGCUUGGAUGAAGGUCAAUACGCCACGGGUCAGCAGCCGGAGCGAAUUUGGGAUGUGGAUGUGCGAGGCGCAUAAUGCGGUCAAUGUUAAGCUGGGGAAGAAGGAGUUCGACUGUAACCGAUGGGACGAGAGGUGGCGGACGGGGUGGAAGGAUGGGAGGUGUGACCCGUGAGCACGACUACCCGGGACGGCAUAGAGGCUCAUAAGUGAUCUAUGAUGGAUGUACGAUUGUAUACGUUUUUGAAGAGACCUGAAGUAUUGUGGUAUGCAUGGCGCUGCGCGGACACCACUCUUGUAACAACACGGCACGACUUGAGAGUAUGGACUUGGCCAUUGGGCGGCGUCAAAAAACCGUCGCCUCGGUCUUACUUGUUAUCGGCAUUUUAACCUGUAUUAUACCUAUCCAUAACGGGCAUUAUGUCCGUCUUAAGUCUUUAAACCCAUCCCGUGAUGGACCUGCUAGCAGGGGCUAGACACACUCGACUACCAGACCUCACAUCUGCAACAUGAGUCGAGGUCCCUAUCAGAGACGAGGCGGGGUAGGUACACACCUCAAAGAUCCCAAUGAUACCACCAAGAGGUAAUGAGAAAGUGUUUCACCUGACCUCCAAUCUGCCGUUAGCCCACAUGU